AUGGCGGUUGCUCCUGGACUUUCGUUCUGGAACAUUGCGUACCUGACAUUUGAGUCGGUACUUGAGGUUGUGAUUGUUUCGUUUGCCGGUUUUUGGUGUGCUUAUACCGGGCUACUCCCUAAGCAGGGUCAGAAGAUCAUCUCCCUGUUGAACGUGGAUCUUUUUACACCAUGUCUGAUUUUUAGCAAGUUGGCCAAGAGCUUAUCUCUUGCCAAGAUUCUAGAGAUUGCUGUUAUUCCAAUCUUCUAUGCAGUUUCUACAAGCAUAUCCUUUUUAUCGGGUAAAAUUAUGAGUCGCAUUUUGAAACUUGAUAAGGAUGAGUCGAACUUUGUGGUGGCAAAUUCUAUAUUUGGGAACAGCAAUUCCCUACCUGUGUCUUUGACUCUUUCAUUAGCCUAUACGCUGCCAGAUCUCGUAUGGGAUCAGAUUCCUAACGACAAUAGGGACAACGUCGCCAGUAGGGGUAUUUUGUACCUACUUAUCUUUCAGCAAAUCGGACAUGUGUUGAGAUGGUCGUAUGGUUUUAAUACUCUUAUGAGAUGGUCUGGUGAUAGAGGGCAUCCCCGUAGAUUGGAAGCUGGGCAACUAAGAGGUCCAGAAACAGAGUCGGAGGAGUUGGAAACUUUGACACAAUCAUCCGGACAGACGAACGCUUCUUUGCAUAAGAUUAGGACUACUUUUAUGAGCAUUUUCAAUAAGUUCAGAUCCAUUAUGAACCCACCCUUGUAUUCCAUGUUGUUUAGUGUCAUUGUUGCUUCUAUUCAUCCAAUUCAGCACGAAUUUUUCAGCAAGGACGGAUUCAUCAAUAACACCUUAACUGAGGCUGUGGUUGAAUUAGGCUCUAUUUCAAUUCCGCUUAUUUUGAUAGUUCUGGGGUCUAAUUUGCAUCCCUCGCAAGACACGCCUCCAAUGUCACACAAUCAUAAGAAGUUGAUUCUUGGGUCCAUUGUAGGUCGGAUGAUUUUGCCAUCUUGCUUUUUGCUUCCCAUUAUCGCACUCUGUGUCAAAUAUAUCAAGGUCAGCAUUCUAGAUGACCCAAUAUUUUUGGUUGUGGGCUUCAUUCUUACUGUAUCGCCCCCUGCUAUUCAGCUAACUCAAAUUACUCAAUUGAAUGAGUUUUUCGAAAAUGAAAUGGCUAGUGUGCUGUUCUGGGGUUAUGUCGUUUUGACAUUGCCUGUGAGCAUCAUUGUUGUGAGUGCGGCCAUGAGCGUUUUAAGAUGGGCUCAAUGA